AUGUCAUCGACAGAAGACCCCUCUUCUCUGCCUGCGACCGAGGGCGCGACUGUUGCGCCUCGUGCAGAGGACGCGAGUGGUACCGCACUCCCUGCGAGCACGUCGCAUGCUCGAAGCGAAGAACCAUUCCGAGCCACUCAUCACUCAGAAGAAGCGGCGCAUUUACUACGCUAUCAAGCUCACAGAGAAAGGCAUGCAGUCGUUCAAUGCGGAGCACCUUGGCCCCAAGCCGACGGGGCUCAGCCCAGAAGAAUACCGGAACUGGUGGAGUCGACCUCGAGUAUCAUUGUCUGCCAUCAUCCCGAGGCACUGCAUCAAUCGCUUCGAUUUGCGCGACGUGAAUCACCGCGCGUUUAUUAUCGUCAAAGACGGAGAUGUACUGCGUCAGCCGUCGCAUUCGCGAGCAACCGUUCGCAGCGCACCACUAGCAAACCCCCGCUUCCCGAGGUUAUUGCCGAAGUCGCCGAAUACAUGCACCAGGAGGAGGACAAGCCGCAUUGGUAUAGGAGUGACUAG